AUGUCUUUGGGCAUUUCGCUCUCGCAAUUGAUCGUGGAGAACCCGGAGCCUCUAUUCAGCGGACACGAGGCUCUGGACGAGGCGCUAGGUGGCUUUCAACCGCGAUCUAUCUAUGAAGUUUUCGGACCUCCAGGAAUUGGUAAAAUUGAUUUUGGCAUUAAGUUGGUGGAAAACGCUCUGGUAGAUCAGCUCGCAACCCUAUGGAUCGAUGCACACCAAACUACGCGUCUGGACCAUUUGCUAGGCUUGAAACGCACCAAACUCGACAAAUUCUCACACUACGUGUACUUUUUCAAGGAAUUGGUCGAACAGAGCACCGAAGCUAUUCAAGCCAAUGAAUACUCGCUGAUCGUGAUUCGAGGCCUCUCGAAAGUGGUUACAGACUACUUGUACGAGUGCUGUCAGUCGCAAGGGACAGAAACCGCGCACCAGUUCAAGAAUAAGAGUCUAAUUACGCUGUUCACGCUCAUGACCAAAUACGCUCAUCGUUGCAAGAGUACUAUCGUGAUGUUGAACGACGCCAUGAACACUAGCUUCACCACAUCUUCAAACAGUCGAAAUGACCCGUGGGCCACCCAAUUUACAUCCUACACCGAGGAGUCGCCCUUUCUGGUCAAGAGUCAUAAGCGAAAAGCAGUUCAGGUGCUUCGUAGCGCGUUGGUAGCGAACCUAGGUGUGGGGAAUAAAGACCAAGUGUGGGAAGUGUUUAUUAGACGCCGCAUUGGGUUUCUGUGGGAGUGGGACGGGUCCAGGCCUUGGACUAGAGUACCUAAGAAGCACAAGAUCGCGGUAAUUCAGGAUAUGGCCAACUGCACUGAGGUUGUUGUGCCCUUGGCGGAGAAGCACGCCCCUGGAGAUCUCCACCACGCGUUGCCACUUGAGUUGGGGCUUGCAGGUUCAACGCACGAACAGGAACAUGUGAGCAUCAACCCAGUAGAAACGUCUCUUACUGAGUCCUCCUUGCGCGACGCUAAACGCCCCAAACGUGCAGCCUCCGAAGAGAAUUCACAGCUGCCGUUCACUCCGCGUCUUACACAUCUUCAAAAUACGCAUCCGGAUCCAAACGAACAAACCCAAGCGGUGCUCUACGACAGCGAGGGAUGA